AACCGCUCAUCCAUCCAACCUUACCACACGUCUUUUUCUAUUCCGUUGUUUUCUGUCAUUUACUACAAUCGCAAUCCGAAAUAUAAUAGAAACUGUACUGUAGUGUUUAAUUUUGUGGAAAAGACCGUACAAAAUCUUGUGGGUAACAAAGAAAUGUUAAUAAAACAAACAAGGAGAUCUUGGUGAUAAGAAAACUAUAAAAGCGAGCGAUGGCGAGAGCACUGACCGACCUAUGUCUAUUAUGAACCAGCAUACGUAAUCAGCAGUUCACUCCCAUAUGAGGGUACCCUGAGAUGGACACACUUCAUGUCGGCCAUGGGCACAGUAAAGGGUCCAGUAGGAGUCAGUCACCUUCGACUGCAGACCUGGCGAGGGAUCCAGCUGUGGUGACUGAUGAUGCAGUGAUCAGAUCCAGGGUGCAAAGUCCGUCGACGGUGCAUCAUGUUGUCAGUGAGCCGUCAUCCAGCUCGUCGUCCCGCCACGGGGAGAGGGCGCACCAUGUCAAGUCUCACUCCAGGGACUUGGGCAACAGUCCACUGUCAGCCAACACCACCGGGAACAGUUCUAGAGAGCUGGAAGACUCACCACAGAAGAAAAUACUACCUGGCUUAAUAACGCCUGGUGACUACGCGAGCACAGUUUAUAGUCCUAACGUGUCCUAUGGACUGUCUUCCGAUGAAUACGGGUCGCCCGCUUAUAGAGGUCAGGAAGGGGAAUAUUCAAAUCAAGAUGAGAGUGACGGCGCGAACGUGACGUCGUCUAAAGCGAUGGCUGCCAUUGCGCAUCUUAAUACGAAGAUCGAGCGUACCAAGGAUCUCAUAAGACUGGAACAGACUAUACGGGAUGAUAACGUAAACGAGUAUCUAAAGCUAGCCGCAAACGCAGACAAACAGCAACUCCAGCGCAUCAAAGCAGUUUUCGAGAAAAAGAACCAAAAGAGUGCACUCUGCAUCGCUCAGUUACAGAAGAAAUUAGAAGGUUACAACAAACGCAUCAAGAAUUGGGAGUUCUUUGCUUCCCAGCAACACGGCACCAGUGGACAAGCGCACAGACAACCCAGAGAGGUGCUAAGGGAUAUGGGACAAGGGCUGAAGAACGUGGGCGGCAACAUACGCGACGGCAUCACAGGCCUAGGCGGCAGCGUGAUGGCGGCGCCGCGAGAGUUCGCGCACCUGUUCUCGCGCUCCAACCGCUUCGGCUCCGCCGACAACAUCGCGCAGCUCGCCGCGCCACCACACGCGGAAUUACGAGCGAACGCGUCGUCGGAAGGGUCCCGCGCGUCGGAGGCGGGCGAGGCGGCGCCGCGCGGGUCGACCCUGCCUCGCGCCGCCACCUCGCCCGCGCCCAAGUACUCGCCCGACGCCUCGCCCAGCUCCUCCGUCACCAGUGAGGGGGCGCCUUACCCAGCGCAGCCCGGUUCAAAUAACAUAUCGGAGACGACGUUCACGUUGAAGCCGAUACUCAACGAGUUGCGCGAGCGCAGGGAGGACUACGAGCGGCUAUCAGAAAAGAUAGAUGCACUCAAGAACCUGUCGCAAGAGGUAUCGUUCCUAUCUGCCGCGUUACAAGAGGAACGCUUCAAGACGGAGCGCCUGGAGGAACAAAUCAAUGAUCUCACUGAACUGCACCAAAAUGAGGUGGAGAACCUGAAGCAAGCUUUAACUGACGUAGAAGAAAAGGUCCAAUACCAGAGCGAAGAGCGGAUACGAGAUAUACACGAGGCACUCGACCUCUGUCAGACUAAAAUCAGCAAACUAGAACAAUGGAUGGCGGGCGGCGGUGGGGGCGCGGGCGGGGCGGGCGGGGCGGGCGACACCGGCGCGGGGGGGGCGCUGCCCCCGCGCCUGCUGCUGGUCAAGCUGCUCAACGUGGCGCUCACGCUGCUGCAGCUCGCCUUACUGCUGGUGGCUACCAUUGCGGGAGUUGCUAUGCCUUUCUUGAGGACUAGAGUGCGAGUCCUAACAACGAGCCUGGCAGUAAUGUUAGGCGUCAUGGUACUCAAACAGUGGCCGGAAGUGACACAACUAUCAGAACACCUGGUCAGACGCCUCAAGGAGUAUCUACUAGACAAGCACCACGACAGGUAUGAAUGCAAGUCGUUAUGUGGUUGAUUUUGUCCGAAAACAUCGCUAGUGGAAUUUUAGGUGUUAUUGCAAUUCUGUCCCGGAAUACUGCGUUAUUAUAACCGAGGUAAACACAGCUCAGUUAAACUAACCAUACAGUUAAGAAUUAACCAAUAACACACUCGCACAUUGGUGGGGAAAGGAUAACAUAUCAACAAGAGAUUAAACUGCAAAGUUAGAUUAACUAAGCCGUUAAUUUAAACUGUUUGCACGUGCGCGGGAGUUGAUAAAGAGAGGUAUUUUGUGUACUUUAUAUAUAGUUAAAUAUAGACACUUUGAUAUUUUUACCUUGAUAACCUUAACAUUUUAUAUAACAUACAAUAAGGUUACAUAUUUUUUUAAAUUAGAAGAUCAAAUUCUUAGUAUGGGUUUUAUUGCCUUAAUUUUUAAUAAUGAUUACUUGGCUCAAAAGUGUUACAAAGUUAACUACAUAAGCAAUUGUUAUACUCAACGUUAGUCGGCUCUCUGUUAACUUAUAAUUAUUGUUAUAUUUAUCAACUUCCGCGCCGCGCCGGUGUAAGUAUACUUAUAACAGUGAUAUUUCUUUUAUUAUUAUUAUUUAAGUGUACUUUAAGUUAUCGCACACAGUUCUGGGUACCACAAUCGAUUAUUUUCAUAUGUUUAAGAUCUAUCAUCGAAUCGACUGAAACAUUUUUAGUGAUGCCUAGUUCAUUUGUAUUUUUAAGAUCGUGGAAUACUCUAACGGUGGGUUUCUAUAACCGAUCUUUUCUUGGGUUUGCGAUUAGAUACUGAAAUUUGAUAUAUCUUAUUUGGAGCUAAUAAAAUUCAAUAUCAAAUCGCAAAAGAAACUAUAGGUCAGCUAUAUAAACCCGCAGAAAAUGGUUUAUAUUUUAGUUCGGGAACGGGUAAUUUACAACAGUAGUGCUGUGACAAUAAUUUGUCGAUAUCGAUAGCUGCAAAUUCUUGCUAUCAGAAAGUAAAUUAGAUUUUGAUAUUUUUGUUGCCAGCCAAUAAAUUAUCCUUUCCCGAACAGAAUAUUUAAUAAAUAGGUAUCAAGAACUGUGUGUGAUUAAAUCACUUUGUUUAAUUACUGAUUUUACAUGAACAAACAUAGGGCUGGGCCCUCGUAGAUAUUUGAUGAUUUAUUCUAACGUUAUUUACCGUAUAUUGUCGAGGCUUAUAGUCAAAUUGCUCAGAAAUUAGCUUGAAAACGUGGCGUCAAAUAUAUCGAUGUUUGUCAAACACUAUGCAUGUGUCUAAUGCCUUGUAUAGUGGUACCGAAUUUUGUGCUGUUGACAGCUGUCAGUUUUCAAGUGAAAAUAAAGUUGGUAUUGACUGACAGUAUCUGUCAAUUGCACAAAAACCGGUCGGGGUAUAAUUGGUUGGUUAGUCUAAUUAUAGUCUAUGAUGUUGUCAUUGCUACAUGGCAUAUUGUCUGACAAACUCUAUAUUUGACAAAGUGAACAUUUUAUGACCUGAAAGGCUGAACGGUUUAAAAAUCUCGAAUCGGUUGAAAUAUUAGGGUGAAGGAUAAUAAAUAGUGUCUUGAUUGCGUUUGUACAAAUUUUAGCUAAUGGGGGAGGGUUGAGUUGCCAUCACAUGUUUUAUAUACGUUCUGACAUUGGUUCUAAAUUAUAUUCGCUAUUUUUUAUAAUGAAUUUAGUCAAAUAUUCAAUAAAGACUAUCUUAAAGUAUGAAUCGUGAAUGUCCACUUUUUAUUUCUUUAACGACUCUUUUAUUUUUAGAACAAUUGAGUCUUAAAAAACGAUUCAUACUUUACUAGUUUUUUUUUUUUUUUUAAGAAAGUGACGUUAUUUAUUGAAUUAAAUUAUUUAUUGGUCCAUUAAUUUUCAAUGUAUUGGCAGUUUAUUCAAUAAGUUGGAUAUAAACUUUUAAAUAAACUGCUCAUUAAUUUAUUUAAUUAUGAAUAAUUCGCUUGUAUAGUAGCGUCAAUUUAAAUACGCAUGAACAUGGAUUUUGUAUUACAAUUCAUUAUACUGAACAUUUUUUUACGAAAACUACAUAUUAAGCAAUAAAUUUUAAAUAAAAUAAUCUUUGUCUACAAUGCUUGAAAUAGUUUUUGCUAGAGUCUACAAUAGCAAACAGAUGGAAGCCAGUUUUAUCAAGUGUUGGACUAAUACCUAGUUAAUCCUUCUUCGUAUUUUAAUGAGAACAUUCCAAAAUUACUAUAUCUGAUCGAUGUGGUCGCGUCAGGGAACCUUAUACAUUAUACUAAAAUAUUUGGCAAUAAAAAUACUUUUUAAGCUCAAACUGUCCUAUUCCUAAUUCUUUCUAACUUUAUUAUACUGAUCGAUUCCCACCUUUAAAUAAAUGUAGCUUUAAUAUAUUGUAAUAAUACAUAAAUGAUAGUUUAGAUCCUAAAUUAUGAUAAUUGAUACUCCCGGUUUCCUGACUAGCCUGAAAAAGUUACAACUUAGAUUAGAUUUUAGGCCGCCUUUUCACUUGUAAGUUUUACUCACGUGCCUAAGUAGCUUACGUAAAUAAAUAGCGACUAUGUAAGUCGCUUAUAGCAAUUUCCUAGACCAUCUUACAACUUGCCUAAGUUACUUACGUAAUUAUUAUUUUUUACAAGUGUAAAGGCCCAGUUACUACCAUCCAAGUUAUAAUUAAAAAACAGCUCUGUACAAAACAUUUUAGUUCUCAAAGUCGUUGUAUACUUAAAUAUUUUUUAUAAACUCGCUAUUUUGUAUAGUUGAGUGACCGAAAAUUGUUAUCUAUAUUAUUAUCCUGAUUAUAUGUUGUAAAUGGCAAAUAUUUCAUAUAAAUAUUUUAGCUGAAGGAUUGGUUUUAAUAGUGAUAAUUAUGUAUUGUUUAUAUGAAUAUGUAUUUGCCUUAUAGUGACACAAAUAAAUAAAUGAACAACUGUUUAGCACUAGUAUGAAUUGUGUUGUAUUAUAUACCAUUUGUUUUGGAGAACACUUGAGGAAAAUAUGUAUGUUAAAAUAUGUGAAAGUAUUAAUUUUUGUUGCCGGCUAUGGAUUGAAUUAAAUCAUCACAAUUUUAUCCAAA